UGGAUUAUUCAAAAGAGUAAUAGGCUAUGUUGCAUCACUUUCAACGAAGAGCAGUUGGAUAACAUUCGUUUUGCUAUUCCCUUUGAGAGCCUAAUAUUGUACACUUACAAUACCGUAUCAGUUCGACUAGUUUUGAACUCUUAUGUUGACAAUUGGCUUUAAUCAUCCAGAAUGGGGUACACAGGAUCUUCGGUUUUUACCUUUUUGUUUCGCCUGGCUUUUUGUCAUUGCCUGAUGCGCAUCAGCAAUGGAGACUUGAGCUAUUCUAUUCCAGAGGAGAUGAAACACGGAUCUGUGAUCGGAAAUCUAGCUAAGGAUCUGGGGCUGGAUGCUAAGAGACUUUCAGGUCGUAAAGCUCGUUUGGAUAUGGAUGGCAGUCGUCAACGUUACUGUGACAUCAAUGUGAAUACCGGAGAUUUAAUUGUGUCUGAAACAAUAGACAGGGAGGAGCUGUGUGGACCGAAGGUUUCUUGUUCUUUAAAAUACGAGCUUGUGCUGGAAAAACCUCUUGAAUUACAUCGCAUAACUGUACAAAUACAAGACAUAAAUGACAAUUCACCACGGUUUCCCAAUGCACGUAUUGAUCUAGAAAUUCGGGAAUCUGCUUACAAAGGCGCACGAUACCCCUUGGAUGAACCUCAUGACUCUGACGUAGGAUUAAAUGGUAUUCAAAGCUAUUCACUGGAGAGGAAUGCCUAUUUUAUUUUAGACGUUCAAACGAGCUCAGACGGAGGAAAAUAUGGCGAGUUAGUGUUAGAAAAAGAGCUGGAUCGAGAACAACAACAAGAGGUGACGUUGUUACUUACUGCUGUUGAUGGUGGGACUCCGCAGAGAUCUGGUACUGUAGUUAUACACGUCACUGUGUUGGAUGCUAACGAUAAUAAACCAGUGUUUAGCCAGACAGUGUAUAAAGUCCGUUUGCCUGAAAAUUCUCCAACAGGGACUGUUGUAGUUGCAGUUAGUGCUAGUGAUGAAGACGAAGGGGCAAAUGGAGAAGUAUCAUAUGAGUUCAAUCGUAUUUCGGAUAAAGCAGCUAAACUGUUUUCCAUCGACAAAAAUACUGGCGAGAUUAAAGUGCAGGGUCCCAUAGAUUAUGAAGAAAAUAUAGAAUACGAAGUGCGUGUCCAGGCUAAAGAUGGGUCUGGUUUAGCUGGCAAUGCAAAAGUAAUGAUAGAAAUCACUGACCUAAAUGACAACGCACCGGUGAUAUUGAUCAAAUCCUUUAACAAUCCCAUCCCUGAGAAUGUGUUACCUGGAACAGAGGUGGGGAUCAUACAUGUACAAGAUGAAGAUUCAGAGGGAAAUAGACAGGUCCGCUGCUCCAUUCAACAAAAUGUUCCUUUCAAAUUAAACCCCUCAAUCAAAAACUAUUAUUCUCUGAUAACAACAGGUGAACUAGACCGUGAGAUAAUAUCAGAUUAUAACAUAACUAUCACCGCCACUGACGAGGGGUCUCCACCUUUAUCCUCCUCAAUGACUAUUCAUGUAUCUGUGUCAGACGUGAAUGACAAUCCACCUGUGUUUGAAGAACAAUCCUACAGCGCCUAUGUGACUGAAAAUAACAAGCCUGGCUCCUCAAUGUGUUCGGUUACUGCCAGAGACCAAGACUGGAGACAGAAUGGCACUGUGGUCUAUUCUCUAUUGCCUAGUGGUGUCAAUGGUGUUCCGGUGUCUUCAUUUGUAUCCAUUAACGGAGACACGGGGGUGAUCCAUGCUGUGAGAACAUUUGAUUAUGAACAGUUUAGGAGCUUCAAGGUCCACGUUGUAGCCAGAGACAAUGGUUCUCCUCCACUCAGCAGUAACGUGACUGUGAGUGUCUUCAUAACAGAUGAGAAUGAUAAUUCUCCCCAGAUAUUAUACCCUGCUCCAGCAGGGAACUCCUUGAUGACUGAGAUGGUCCCCAAAACUACUCUGGUGGGGUCCCUGGUUUCCAAGGUAAUAGCUGUGGAUGCCGACUCUGGACAAAACGCGUGGCUUUCAUAUCUCUUCGUGAAAUCGACUGAUCCGGGACUUUUCACUAUUGGUCUCCACAGCGGAGAGAUCAGGGCACAGCGGGACAUUGCUGAAUCUGACAGUAUGGAGCAGAACCUUGUUAUAUCAGUGAAAGAUAACGGGAAGCCCUCUCUCUCUACAACCUGUGAUGUGUUUUUACUCAUAUCAGAUAACUUGGCUGAAGUUCCAGAACUGAAAGACAUGGCUUAUGAAGAUAGUUCCAAAUUAACUUCCUAUUUGAUCAUCGCGCUGGUCUCUGUUUCCACCUUUUUCCUGACUUUCAUUAUUCUCAUCCUGGCCGUGAGGUUCUGCCGCAGUAGAAAGCCCAGAAUGUUGUUUGAUGGAGCAGUCGCCAUUCCCAGCGCGUAUUUCCCUCCCAACUAUGCAGAGGUGGAUGGAGCUGGAACUCUCCGUAGUUCUUAUAACUAUGAUGCAUACCUGACAACGGGCUCACGCACCAGUGACUUCAAGUUUGUCCGAUCUUACAAUGACAGCACGCUGCCUGCUGAUCAGACACUAACAAGAUGUCCAGAUACAUUAUUAGAAGGGAGUAUCACCACGCUCAACACUGCAGGAGAGGCGAAUGAGGUAAGCCUUCACUCAUCUGAGAUACCACCGUUUGUAUGUGAGCGGUUUCGUUGUGGGAGAAUGGGUUAUGCAUGAUGAAAAUACAUUCUGGGCCUUAAUGGCUU